CUUUUCCUUCUUUUCUUGUAUCAUCUUUGAUCACCAGCCAAGCCAUCUAUCCAUCCUCCUCCUCCUCUUCCUCCUCCAAAAGAAAGAGUUCAUUUAGUAGUAUUAUACUGUCUGCGCUCCGUGAGUUGCAGCCUUCAGCGACUAACAGACACCAGCAAUUCUCUUUGUCUCAGCCCGCACAACAGAUAGAAAUUAAUUGACAAGAGCAAAAUCAAAAGUCUACGUCCACCAUCACAUCCACAAGUACUAGCAGUCCAGCAGUAACCAUUACUGCUUACGUAAAUUGCAAGCACUAUUCCUCCUGCACUAUUCCCUGUUUGCCGACUCUCCGCAAAAGUAUUUUCUACUACAUCUUUCUACAUUACACAGCACCUUCCAUCACCUACAGUGGCAGUCGUCAAUUCAUUGCUCGAUGUAUAUGCAUGGACCCCGAAAAGUGAUGGUAUGGUAGCUUCUUCUUGCUACCACUUAGCUUAGCUCAUUCCCUAGUAGUAUAAGUUACAGGUCCAUGCCACCGACUAAAUACUCGUAGUACAGAAUUAAACGCUGCUGCUUUUACAUACUACUACUUUAUAAUUCUCCGUCAUCAAGUACAAAUGCUGGAAACUGUUAAGUACCUGCUUGGCUCUGCCGGUCCAAGCGGCUUUGGCUCCAAGUCCACCGCCGAACAAGUCACCGACUACUGCCCUGAUCUCCGCUCCAUCACCGCCAUCAUCACAGGUGCGACGUCGGGGAUCGGUGCUGAAACGGCUAGGGUGUUGGCUAAGCGGGGAGCCAGGCUGGUCCUCCCUGCCAGGAGCCUCAAAGCCGCCGAGGAUAGCAAGGCUCGAAUUUUGUCCGAGUUUCCAGAGUCCGACAUUAUUGUCAUGCCUCUUGAUCUUAGCUCUUUCUUCUCCGUUAGAAAGUUCGUUGCAGACUUCCGCUCUCUUAAUUUACCCCUUCAUCUCCUCAUAAACAACGCCGGAAAAUUCACACACGAGCAUGCCAUUUCUGAGGAUGGAAUCGAGAUGACCUUUGCUACCAACUAUUUAGGUCACUUCUUGUUGACAAAGCUGUUGGUAACCAAGAUGGUGGAGACUGCCAAGUCAACCGGCGUUCAGGGAAGAAUAGUGAACGUGUCUUCGAGCAUCCACAGCUGGUUCUCCGGUGACCCGAUCAGUUAUCUGAGUUCCAUAACCAGAAGCAGAAGUCAUUACGAUGCAACACGUGCAUAUGCUCUGUCGAAGCUGGCUAACGUUUUGCACACCAAGGAACUUGCUCAGAGACUCCAAGAGAUGGAGGCAAAUGUGACAGUGAAUUGUGUACAUCCAGGGAUUGUGAGAACUAGACUUACUCGAGAACGAGACGGUCUCAUUACCGAUCUGGUGUUCUUUUUGGCUUCCAAGCUCCUCAAAACCAUCCCUCAGGCUGCUGCAACGACUUGCUAUGUGGCAACUCAUCCGAGACUCUUAAAGGUGACCGGAAAAUAUUUCGCAGACUGCAAUGAAGCUCCAGCCUCAAAGUUGGCAUCCAACUCGUCGGAAGCUGCACGGAUUUGUAUCCAUGGAAAACUGGGUAGCCUUCUUUUGGUGUCACUUUAUCCCAAGAAUGGUGGACCAAACUACCGACUUUCAGGCCAUCGACUUGACGACACUCGUUCUUGAGAAAAGGAAGCAGAUGCCGGUCUGCUACAAGAGAAAAGUGCUUAAGCUACACAUUGCUGCAUGCCCCCAUACACCAUUUAUUUGUGUCGCUUUAUCCUUUGCCCACCACGGUCUGCUUUCUGCAUCGGAUAGCAACUUGAGGUGGAUUUGCCAUCUCUAUGGCGUCUCAUUUACUACUACUGCUUUUCAGACCUCCAUUAAUGUUCAUCGUCUAGGCUGGAUGGUGUCAACAAAUGAUAUACAGGAAGAAAUUAUGGAGAAGAGAAGAAAUUUAUCUGCAGAAUCCCCUGCCAACCUAGGCUUCUAUUUGUCAAAGCUGCUCAUGUCAUAAUUAACUGUGCUAAUGACCUUUAACUCAUGCACAACCACAUUUCUUAC